ACUGCUCCCUGCAGACCUGGGGCCGGACCUGUGCAGACUGUGGGUGCAAGAAUGGGGGAUCUGUGACCCCAGCUCUGGCCGCUGUUCCUGCCCCUCUGGGUAUCUGGGUGCCAGCUGUGAAGACACCUGUCCAGCGGGGGACCUACGGACUGCUCUCUGUGAGCGGCCAUGCAAAAGGAGAAGAUUGUGGUUCCCAGUGUCCCUGUCAGAAUGGGGGCAUGUGUACUGCAGGGGAAGAGGCCUGUCUCUGUCACCUGGCCUGGAUGGGCUCUGUCUGUGCCCUGCCCUGCCCACAGGGAACCUUCGGACAGAGCUGCAGCAACCGGUGCCUGUGUCACAAUGGAGGGCAGUGUGACCACGUCAGCGGACAGUGUCGGUGUGCGCCCGGCUACACCGGGGACAGGUGUGAGGAGGAGUGCCCGCAGGGCAGGUACGGCCUGGACUGCGCUCAGACUUGCGACUGCCUGAACCAGGCCCGGUGCAUGCACGUCGAUGGGGCUUGUUUGUGUGCACACGGUUUCCAUGGUGAACGCUGCGGCCAACGAGAAUGUCACGACCAGCUCUACGGGCACCAGUGUAACAUGCAGUGUACAUGUGAUCCCCUGCACACGCAGAGCUGCCACCCUAUUACAGGAGUCUGCACCUGUGACCCCGGCUGGUCCGGACCGCAGUGUAAUGAGAGCUGUGCUCCCACCUUCUACGGGACAGGCUGCCUGAAACCCUGUCUGUGUCUGAAUGGAGGCAAAUGUGAUCCUGUGUCUGGCCAGUGCACCUGUACCCCCGGUCACACGGGUAGCCACUGUUCUGAGGUGUGCCCACGGUGGACCUACGGACAGAACUGCUCCUUCACUUGCCGUUGUCAGAAUGCUGCCUUCUGUUCGCCUGUGGACGGGAGUUGCCACUGUCUAUCAGGAUGGACGGGCUGGGACUGCACUAUGCCCUGUGACGGCGGCCGCUGUAACAACACCUGUCUCUGUGCUAAUGGAGCCACCUGCCACCCGGAGGAUAGAACCUGUUCCUGCAGCCCAGGGUGGCAUGGGCCCGGGUGUGAGGAGCCAUGCCCGCCCCACCGGUUCGGUCCCGGCUGCACCAAACAUUGCAACUGCGACAGCCCGAGGAGUUGCAACCCAAGAACGGGCUCCUGUCAGUGCCCUGCAGGUCAAACAGGCCCUUGGUGUAAGCAGCUCUGUGUGGCGGGGCGCUGGGGACCAGACUGUGCCUUCGAGUGCCGCUGCCUGAAUAGAGGCCGUUGCCACUGGGAGAAUGGAAACUGCCUGUGCGCGCCGGGCUACAGCGGUCCAAACUGCCAGUACCAUCAGCCGGGAAAUAAUUCCAGUAAGAUCACCCCAGGUCCUUCAGCAGAUGGACUGUCACUUGGGGCCACGAUCAGCAUCGUGAUCCUGCUAGCCGUGGUUGUCUUCCUGCUCUCUUUCUUCAUCUGCUUGAGACACAAGUAUGGAGGGAAAGCUACCAGACUGCCUCCGGUGACCUACACAGCAGCCGUGGGGAUGAGCAACGGAGAGUACGUCUUACCAGGUGAAUGUGGGGCAGAGCGGGGAGCGUGGUCUCAAUAUCUCACACUAACCUAGUAAAUCUUCCUGCAGGCCCAUGUAGAGCCCUGGUUCAUAUUUUUACUGUUAUGCUGUAUGUAUU